GCAAUGAAUGCAGUCAUUUUUUAAUAUUUCAUUCGUUUUCGUGGCUAUAUUCUGGGUCAGCACAGUGCACGGCGCCUGGGAAGAAGAUAUUGUGGUACCAGUCCGGGUAGACGGGACUGCCAAUGCCCAGGGUACAGAAGCGGGCAGGCGCACUGUCACACCGGAGGAAGAAGAGAAAGAGGGACAGAAACGGGUAUACCAACUGGAUGCUUUUGGAAAACGGCUGAUUUUGGAACUGGAGCCAGACCAGACCUUCGUAGCCCCUGGUUUCACGUUUCAGGUCGUGGGAAGCUCUGGUACGGAGAAGCAGAGUAACCCAGCCAGCGCCAGCUUGGCUCGCUGUUUUUAUUCGGGCUCUGUAAACGGAGACUCUGGCUCCGUGGCGGCGCUCGAUCUCUGCAACGGGCUGAGAGGCGGCUUCUACCUCCAAGGGGACGAAUAUUUCAUUCAGCCUCGCAACAGCACCGGCGCUCACAGCACAGAGGGGGCUGAGCCACACCUCAUCCGCCGGAGGAGCCGGGGCUCCCAGACCGGGGAAGGCGCUUCCAAGUGUGGAGUGAAUGAACACGAGCAGCGGGUAGCGGAGACCCAGCCGCCACAGGGUCCGCAGGGGACUGCCCAGGAACAAGCAGGCCACAGCAGGGGUAAGCGGUUUGUGUCAACGCCCCGCUAUGUGGAGACACUGCUCGUGGCUGACCAGUCCAUGGCUGAGUUCCACGGCGCUGGGCUGAAGCAGUACCUGCUGACUGUCAUGGCAGUAGUAGCUAAGCUCUACAAGCACCAUAGUAUCCGCAACCCCAUCAGCCUGGCUGUAGUCAAGAUCAUGGUCAUAUACGAGGAGGAGAAAGGCCCUGACGUAUCCUCCAACGCUGCCCUCACCCUCCGCAACUUCUGCAAGUGGCAACGCCAGCACAACCCGCCACACGACCGCCACCCUGAGCACUAUGACACCGCUAUCCUCUUUACCAGACAGGACCUGUGUGGCGCCCACACCUGUGACACACUUGGCAUGGCAGAUGUUGGCACAGUGUGUGAACCAGAGCGCAGCUGCUCCAUUAUUGAGGAUGACGGCCUGCAGGCAGCCUUCACUACAGCACAUGAGCUGGGCCACGUGUUUAACAUGCCCCAUGACGAUGCCAAGCAUUGUGCCAGUGCCAACGGCCCCAAUUGGAGCUCUCACAUGAUGGCGUCCACCCUAUCCAACCUGAAUCGGCAGCAGCCCUGGUCUGCCUGCAGUGCCUACAUGAUUACUUCCUUCCUGGAUAAUGGGCAUGGAGAGUGCCUGUUGGACAAGCCUCAGAAGCCAGUGGCCCUGCCCAUGGUGCUGCCCGGGACUCUAUAUGAAGCUGACCGCCAGUGCCAGUUCACUUUCGGAGAGGACUCUCGCCACUGUCCUGACCUCAGCAGCACCUGCACCACACUAUGGUGUACGGGCACCUCCGCGGGCGGCCUGCUUGUCUGCCAGACCAAGCACUUCCCCUGGGCUGACGGAACAUCCUGCGGAGCUGGGAGUUGGUGUGUGGCAGGAGAGUGCGUGAGCAAGAGCGACGCGCCCCUCUACCAGACGCCAGUGAAUGGUGCCUGGGGGGCGUGGGGACCCUGGGGAGACUGCUCGCGCACCUGUGGUGGAGGGGUGCAGUACUCCUUCAGAGAAUGUGACAACCCCAUCCCCAAGAACGGAGGAAAGUAUUGCGAGGGCAAACGAGUGCAGUACCACUCCUGCAACACUAUGGACUGCCCAGACGGCAACGGCCUAUCGUUCCGUGAAGAGCAAUGUCGGUCCCACACCGACCUCUCCCAGGCCUCCUUUGGGCCCAGCCCAGUCGUGGAGUGGGUCCCCAAAUACACAGGGGUCUCCCCCAAGGACCGCUGCAAACUUAUGUGUCGCGCCAAGGGAACAGGCUACUUCUUCGUGCUGCAGUCCAAGGUUAUUGACGGUACCCCCUGCAGUCCUGACUCCACGUCUGUGUGCGUUCAAGGUCAGUGUGUCAAGGCCGGCUGUGACAGAGUUAUCGGCUCCAAUAAGAAGUUCGACAAGUGUGGUGUGUGUGGAGGAGAUGGCUCUACCUGCAAAAAAGUCUCUGGAUCUCUUGACCGAACAAAACCUGGCUAUCAAGAUGUGGUCACAAUCCCUGCGGGGGCCACCAACCUUGAUGUGAAGCAGAGAAUCCAGGCAAGCUCGAAAUAUGAUAGGAGCUACCUGGCCAUUAAGACACAGAGUGGCUCAUAUGUGCUGAAUGGGGAGUACACCCUGUCCACGCAGGAGCAGGACAUCUCUUUCAAGGGCUCCCUCCUUCGCUAUAGCGGUUCCUCUGCCUCCCUGGAGCGCAUUCGCAGCGUUGGGCCGCUCGCUGAGCCCCUCACCAUCCAGGUGCUGUCAGUUGGCGACUCCUACCGGCCUCGCAUCAAGUAUUCGUACUUUACCAAACAGCCCAUCGCCCCCAAUAGAAAAAGCUUCAACGCCAUCCAGGAGGCGGGUGGCUCUGAGUGGGUGAUCCGCGAGUGGGGCAGCUGCUCUCGGACCUGUGGAGGGGGUGUGCAGAGGAGAGUGGUGGACUGUCAGGACUACAGAGGUCAGCUGACCUCAGAGUGCCCCGCUGAGCUGCGACCAGCUGACACCAGGCCCUGCGCCGACACCGACUGCCCGCACUGGCUGCUGGGAGAUUGGUCAGACUGCUCAAAGACCUGCGGUCGCGGCUUCAGGAAGCGUCUGCUCAAGUGUGUGGGGGCCGAUGGCAAGCCUGUUCCACAGGAGAAUUGCGAUCUGGGGCAGAGACCGAGGCCACUCCUUGACCUCUGUCACAUGACGAACUGUCACUAAACAUGCAGAGAGACUGGAAAGGAGGAUCAAUGUCCCAAAAAGAGGAAAGCGAGAUGGACAUUGCCAAACAGACUUUCUCAAACCAGAAUGCACUGAAAAGCACAGGACUUUAAAUCAUUCGGGGAAACAAACUAUCACCUAGGAUAGGCAAGGGAGGGCCUCCAACCUUUCACCCUUGCCCUUCAGGUAUCUUGCGAUAAGUCGCAAGCUGUGGGCAUUAUAGUUUUUGUGUUGAUUUAUAAGGAAAUGGGAAAUAUAUAUCGAUUUUAAUAAGCUCUUCAGGGUGCCAAGUUGCUGUGCAUAUAUUUUUUCAGAGCUGUGCAGAUCGAUUUGCAUUAAAUGCAAAACUUGGUGAAUUGACAACUUUGUAAAAAUCUUAAUGUGCUUCCAGUAGCCUAAAUCUCAAUCUGUUAAAAAAAAAAAAAAAAAAAAAUUAUUCAAACCCUAUAGUCUCUUCAAAGUACAAGCAAACCCAGUAGAAUUAUUGGAAAUCUGCACAGCUUCAAGACAAAUAUAUCUCACCACAUUGGGUGAGGUGUAUUUUUCUUGAAGCUCCCAACCUACCUCGGCACUGAAGGGCAAUCUUCUUAUAUCUACCUGCUUUAACACCAGUUCAGAAAUAUCUGUUAUACAAGCUGCUGUUGGGUUUUAAAAACAAAACCAAAAAAAAAAAAGAUUUAAAAUAAAAAUGUAAUGGGGUCCCUGAGUGCCUCAUCCUAGUAAAAGCACAGCUGUGUGGUGUGCAGGGAGAGUCAUACAGAGCAGGUUCAGGUCCUGGCUGUGCGAAGUAGGCUGGUCUUCGCUGGGGAUUCUGACGAGAGCAUCGCAUUGGCUGUGGGACUCCCGUGGGUUAUGGAGGCAAAACCAACAAGGACUGUUUCUCCUCAUCCUGCUACAGUGCCCAGUGAACUCCGAGCGGACACCUCCAGGGCUGGCCUUUGUACUCCAGAGGUCAGUAGCUCACUGAAAUCCUCUCUCGUUCCUGAGUGAAAAGGGAAGCUGGCUUGGUCAUGGGUUCAGGGGACGCCUACUGAACCUCCUGGUCUCCUGAGCCAUGUGGGGGAAAUGCUGUGGUGAGGGCAAAAACGAUUGAACGUUGCAAAUCGGGGGGGAGGGGCAAUUAAUAAUCGGACACACUAAAUAAAAAAAAUGUAAAGCCACAUUCUGUAUUUGCCAAGUAAAAAGGGGAAAUUGGAGAAAAUAAUGUAUUUAGAUGUACGUAUUGACUAAAAGGGUUUGCUAGGGUGUAGAACAAACCCUUCUUUGCAACUGUGGCUUUGCCGAAAUGAUUUGAUCAUUCACAUUUCUAUUUAAUAGCUUUCGUUUUCCUUGUUGGAAAUUGCUAUUUAUGAAUUAUUUUGUAAUUUGUAAGUAUUGUUACCACAUUUUGAGAAUUCUCCAUCAUUGGGCGCAGCUUUAAACAUUUCUUUUUUAAAGAUGUGUCAUGGUAACUGUGGUUUUUCGACGUGUAAACCAUGUUGUACAUAGUUGAUU